CACAUCAUAAGAGAAAGAAAGAAGUGUCAACAGAGUUUUUAAAAGUAGACACACAUAGAUAUAAUUGUUUUGUUUGAAAUUUGUGUCAUCGAUAACAUUUAGACACUUAGAAAACGAUAGUUGCGGUUGAUUUGAUUUAUCUGGUUGAAAACUAUUAUCAUACAGACAAUACGAUAUGGAUUCAAAUAAAAGUGACACAAUUCAAACAAAAGAGCAGCUUGCAUCGCAUUAUGCGUUGCAUGUUGCAUUACAAACGAUGAAAGAACGAUGUAUGGCUCUCCAGCAACGGCUCACCAUUGUUGAAUCGGAAAAUUUGGCAUUACGAAAAAGAUACGGACAAGAUCAACCAAAUCAUAGUCAAAAUACAGACGAUCGCACCGAAAUUGAAGUGCUACGAGAACAAGUCGGUGAAUUGACGCGUCAAAAAUUUCAAUUAACCGAACACAUUGGCAUGGUUGCAUUGGAAAAUCGUCAAUUAUGGUUGCGUCUAUCAAAAUUGACCAAAGAUAAUCAGACGCUUGGCAAUUCAUUGAAUAAAAUAAAAACGACAUUAUCCGAAGGAGCGACCGGACAUCAGAAUUUAAUUCGAUCGAAAACAUUUACGCAAAACUCACCGAAUCCAAUUCUACGGCAAAAGUUAAUGCAAGAUGGUAAUGCACAUGAUAAUGGCAAAGAAAUGGAUGACGUCAGUUUGGAAGAGAUUUCACUAAAAGACUAUGCCGAUCAACCGAAUCUAAAUAUACAUGGUGGCAGUGCGAGCAGUCGCGAUUCAGCUAUACCAUCACAAUCAACAUCUGAACUAUCGACACGAAUCGUUACCGCCAAUUCAAUGGGUUUUGGCUAUUUGAAUGAUGAAAGUAUUAACACCAUUUUGAGCAAUGAUACGAAAAAAUGUAUGGAAAAUAUGCUGGAAAUUAAGAAGGAGCUAUUGCGACAACAAAGUGAUUUAAAAGUUGCAUUGAGCGGACUUCGGCAAAGAAGAGUGUUGGAGCUGUGUUUAAAUUGUAAAAAUCAAUCAACGAAAAAAGCAAAUAUGGCCGACAAAAAUUUCGGCACCGAUGAAAUAGCGCCGGAAUUCAAUAAAGAACAUAUCGACGAACCGCUCACGUAUCGUCGCCGUCAAUCAUCCGAAAAUGAUGCAGAAAUUACGGAAAUUAUUGGUGACAAUGCUGCAUUUAUACCAAUUAAACCCGAUCAAAGCAAUGCCAUCGACAUUACGCAACAGAAGAAGAUGGCCGAUUGUGUGGAUAAAAUGUGCCCGAUGUGCGGACUAGUUUAUUCAAAUGUAGCAUCGUUUGAAGUAUUCCAAGAUCAUGUUGAAUCCCAUUUCAUUGAUGAUACCGAUUUAGAUUUAAGUGUUGAAAGGAAUUUUGAAUUUGUUUCGAAUACGGUCGGACAAUUUUGACGGCAACUAUAAAAUCUUCAUCGUCUCUCAACUAUUUUUUUUCUUCAAUUGUGAUUUUCAUCAUAUAUAUAUAUUUUUACGUAAAAAAAUCUUAUUUAUGGGGUCGGUUUCCUAGUAAAUUAAAACGUACUGGUUCCAUUUAGUUGUUAAUCAAACGAUAUUCUUUUACACAGAAUUGAAAACGAAUUCUUAUGAAAAAAUAGAAAAUUAAAAAAAAUAAAAAUGAAAUAUUAUUCCUACAGUUCUAUUUUCAGCCAAAAUUAUUCAUUUCGAUGUAAUGAAGCAGUUGAAAUUAGGCUCGUAAACUAUUAUAGUGUGUAAUAAGUAUUUAUAAUUAUGUAGACAGCAACAAGAGUAA